CUACCUCUCAGUGGUUGAAAACAUGCGAUACAUUUCUUACAUAGGGUGUAGGCUAUUUAAAGUGAAUUCCCUAAAUGAUAGAAUAAGGCAGGAUGGACUUUGCUUAUGCAUUUUUAAAUCAUCAUCAUUCUAUUUGGAUUAAUGGCGAACAAUUCUUCAUUUGGCAUAGUUAUUUUAUAGACAAUAUGCAAAAUCUUUUCACUUAUACGCAUAUAGACUGCUUGAUCUAUCGUAAAGGUGAGAAAAAUUACGCAAAAAACGCCCCUUUCAAGUGAACGCGCACUGAACCUAAAGCGGAAAAACUGGUUCAACUAAUUGAAUCUAAAGUGAGCUUCGUGGUACCAUUUAACUCUGAUUGCGAGUUGCGGCUCUGUCGAGCCAGGUUUUCCCCAAGAAAGCCUGGGUAUGUUCAGCGAGGUUCGUGGUAUACCCCCCUGGGGUAUUAGGAAAAUAGUGAAACAUGAUACACAACAAAAACAAACAUUCCGAUCCAGAAAUAACAUCAAAGGAGUUCAUACUGGCUGUAGCAUUGUUCUUUAGAGAAGCCAGUAUUUUGAUUGGGCGUGUUCCUUUAAUCUCUACUGACACAUAGUCAUUUGGUGAUUAAGUACAACUUAACUUGUUGCAUAUAGCUCCUUUUAAUUAAUGUGUUGUGAACUAAAAAUUAUGUUGUGAUUAUUAUUCUGAAGUAUAAUCAAGUUAAUAUAGGCCUACUACUCAAUUAAUAGCUGUAAUUGAUUCAUUAUUAAAAUGUCUGGUUUUAUGCCAUUGUGUAAUAUUCAUUAUCGAUAGUUUAUUGAUUAUUUGUUUGAAAAAAGUUGGUUGAUGUGACAUACGCCACGCCCACUAUUCGAGUAGGUUGUGGCGUCCGAAUCAGAAAAGGGUUUGGAGUGGUCGGUAGGAUUUUAAGGAUGCCGAAAUCCACACUCAGCCAGGAUAAAUUACAGAUACUUGAGUCUUUGUGGGCAGAGGGAGUGCACAGUUACCGGAGUGAAAUGGACAAACUGAAAGUCAAGCAGGUUGCUGCAGCAACAGGCCUUGUGGUUGAGCAAGUAAAGGUUUGGAUUUACAACCGGAACAGGAAGAAGAGGAAGGGUGGUGAGGGGCAGAUGAAGAGGGAGCAGUCGAGUUGUGUGUUAAAAUCUCACAGCUUUUCUGAUGAAGGCUUCCAACCCUGCCAACAGUUACCAUGUCCGAGCGUACUCCAACCUCCUCUGUGGUCCUUCGUACACAGGUAUAUUGUCCAGUGAUGGGGGUCAUACAACGACACCAGGCUCCCCUGUGGAGGCUACAUGUAGCGAAGCCGGACGGGAAGACUCAAACCGGGACAUGGACUUGCAGGAACUGGAGGAGGGAGAUGGGAGCUCUAGUUCAGGGGAGCAGCAGGAAAAAGGACAGGAUCUGCAGCAGCAUCAAGAGAGGGCCAUUGAGAUCAUGCAGGCUGUGGAGGAUCAGGUCCACAAGCUCAAUACGUGUAACUGUGAGGUGUUGGUGAUGGUCUACAACCACCACAGUGGAUCCCUCUACACCACCGGCACUGCUAAAGGCCUAGACUUUCUAAACUCCCAGACCCCUGCAGUUCACUGGCAGUUUUCUGAGGCCAUGUCCAACUCCUCCUCUGAAACAGUUACUGUUGAACAGGAUGUGUUCUGUAAAGAUACAUUUGCACAUAUCGGUUCAUAAAUACUUCCACUUGAAUAUGUUAAUAAAGUGUGUUACUACUGUUACAUCUUCUACUAUUAAGGAUGUUAACCCAUUCAUUUUUUAUAUAUUUUAUUUUAUGUUUUAAAAUUGAGCUGUAAAUAUUAUUGACCAAAUUGUUAAAUUGGGAAGAUCUAAUUUGGGUCUAUGUGGAGUGUUAAUGCAUUGCGUUGCAUGAUUGUCUAGGCAAACCAAGUGAUUUUUGUUGGAUUGUAUAAUGGAUGUCCUAUUUUGUACCGUUAUUGGUCGUUUUACUUUGAAAAACCUGGCCCGGAUAUGUUUAUUCUCCCGGAAAGAAACGUUCCCUGUGUUUACAACACGUGGGUUAGGCACAGAUCUACAGGCGUCAUAUUAAUUGUUGUGCAUGAUUGUCGGAUUAUGAACAAGUAAUUGUUACGGUGAUCGAAAACAGCAAUGAAGAACCGAGGAGGUGGCGGCGGGAUUGACGGGCGGCUCAAAGGCAGGGUGGAACAGUAUCUCAGCUCCAUCGACAGUGAGUACGUAGAUGUGGCAGCCAUGGCGCUCGAACUCCAGAAGACCUACAGGAUGGACUACGGCAGGAGGAAUAAGAUUGCCUUCAGGAUCCAGGUGGAGAAAGCUCAUGACAGUAUUCUGAAGGAGUCUCAAUUGGACGAUCUAGAGAGCAAGCACAUGGCCAAGAGAGCCAAGCACAGCCACAAUGACACUGGGGAUGACAGCAGCCUCUUAGAGGACAGCUCUGAUGCGGAUGAGGAGGACAUCCUAGACCCCUCGUCGGCCAAUCAUAUGAACAACUCCCUGAUGUCUCUCUACCGCCGGGGAAACCCAGACAGUGCCGGCUCCUCCCCUCGGCGAGAACAGCCCAAGGCCGGAAUCUCUGCCUCCACGCCCAGCGGCCAAACCCAAACCCCAGGGGGCGCCACAGGGGGCGCCACAGGGGGCGCCACAGGGGGCGCCACCCAGGUUACCUCGGGAGGGUGGUUCAUCGACAAGGGCAAAACACCGGAACGACCCAACAUAUUGAUCGACCUGUGUGAAGAAGACGAGGCGUCCAGAAUCAAUCAGACAGAGACUGAUGUUUCCAUGCUGGAACCGGAAAAAACGCCCAAGAAAGGAAGGCUACCGAAACCGUCAAAGAAGCAGAAAAUGGAAAACGGAAAAAGUAAAAAGGACGAUAAAGACAUCGAAGCAAGCAUCAUGAGCAAGAAAGUUCCAAACCGGUCCAAACUUCCCGAGCUGCAGUAUCCAACGCUCAAGUUUGAAGAUGUGGGAGGAAACGAGAAUACGUUGACGGAGGUGUGCAAGCUGCUGAUCCACAUGCGCCACCCGGAGGUGUACCAGCAGCUGGGAGUGGUCCCCCCCCGGGGGUUCCUCCUCCACGGACCCCCUGGCUGUGGCAAGACCCUGCUGGCCCAGGCUGUGGCCGGGGAGAUGGAGCUGCCCAUGCUGAAGGUGUCCGCUCCAGAGCUGGUGUCGGGGGUCUCCGGGGAGUCUGAGCAGAAGCUGCGGGAGCUGUUUGAGCAGGCCGUGACGAGCGCCCCGUGCAUCCUCUUCAUAGAUGAGAUCGACGCCAUCACCCCAAAGAGAGAGGUGGCCUCCAAGGACAUGGAGAGGAGGAUUGUGGCCCAGCUCCUUACCUGCAUGGAUGACCUGAACUCUCUGGAGGUGACGGUCCAGGUGCUGGUGAUCGGGGCCACCAACCGACCGGACUCCCUGGACCCGGCACUCAGACGGGCCGGCCGCUUCGACCGGGAGAUCUGCCUGGGCAUCCCCGACGAGGCCGCGCGCCUGAGGAUCCUGAAGACUCUGUGCAGGAAGCUGAAGCUCCCGGAAGACUUCGACUACAAGCUCCUGGCCAGGCUGACGCCGGGCUACGUGGGCGCCGACCUCAUGGCUCUCUGCCGCGAGGCCGCCAUGAGCGCCGUGAACCGGGUCCUCCUGGACCUGCAUGACCAAGCAACCAGGGACGCCCCAACGGACCCAGAACCAGGACCAGGACCAGCGCUCGGGCCAGAAGCGGGCCCUUCCGAGACAGAGGCGCCUCCCUUGGAGGUAAAGACGGAAGAACCCCCUCCUGUCGUUGAGGCGGAGGGCGACCCGGAGCCCAUGGUCGAGGACCCCCCCACUGUUGACCCAGCAGAAGCUGAGCCGACGGACCAAUCAGAAUGCCCGGAGGAGUCCAAGCAGCUCGACGUCGUCAUUCCAGCCUCAGAACCCGUCGAGGUUGUUAAGGGGGAGCUGUGGCGCCUGCAGCAGCUGCUGAGGAGCGCUGAGCCUCUAUCUCCAGACCAGCUGGCCGGCCUCUCCAUCCUCCUGUCGGACUUCCAGGUGUCCCUGGCCAGCGUGCAGCCCUCGUCCAAGCGGGAGGGCUUCGCCACGGUGCCUGACGUCACCUGGGAGGACGUGGGGGCGCUGCAGGACAUUCGGGAGGAGCUGACCAUGGCCAUACUGGCUCCGGUGCGAUCUCCAGAACAGUUCAGGGCCCUUGGACUGAGUGCCCCAGCUGGGGUCCUUCUGGCUGGGCCCCCGGGCUGUGGUAAAACCCUACUGGCUAAGGCGGUGGCCAAUGAAUCAGGACUGAACUUUAUCUCCGUCAAAGGGCCAGAGUUGCUCAACAUGUACGUGGGAGAGAGCGAGCGGGCCGUUCGCCAGGUGUUCCAGCGUGGACGCAACUCGGCUCCCUGCGUCAUCUUCUUUGACGAGAUCGAUGCGCUGUGCCCUCGCCGCUCCGGCCACGAGUCAGGUGCCAGUGUGCGGGUGGUGAACCAGCUGCUUACGGAGAUGGAUGGACUGGAGACACGCAAGCAGGUCUUCAUCAUGGCCGCGACCAACAGGCCAGACAUCAUCGAUCCUGCUGUGCUGCGACCCGGACGUUUAGACAAAACGCUGUACGUCGGCUUACCUCCGCCUGCGGACCGCCUCGCCAUCCUGCUCACCAUCACCAAGGGAGGAACCCGCCCAACCCUGGAGAAGGACGUGAACCUAGAAGAGAUCGCUCACGACAUCCGCUGUGACUGUUUCACCGGGGCUGAUCUGUCAGCAUUGGUGCGCGAGGCAUCCGUCAACGCACUCAGGGCUUAUCUGACGUCCCGCCCCUCUUCAACAUCCUCUGAUCACACAUUCUCCAGCGGUCCUGUGGCUGACAUCAAGGUCACCAGUCAGAACUUUGAAGACGCUUUCAAGAAAGUCCGGCCUUCUGUCUCUAAAAAGGACCAAAUGAUGUACGAACUGCUCAAGGAGUCUCUGACACGUUGAAAUGUGAUUGGAUUACAACAUUGACAACAGUCUGUAUGUAAACAUUUUUUUUUGCCCUAUUGUAGAACAUGUUUUGAUACAUCAAUGCAGGCCCCACGUUGGAUUCUGAUUAAAGAGACCCAGCGUACUCCUCCUCUCUUUGUUGUCUUGUUUCUUACAUUUAUGUUAUAUUAUUUAUUUAUUCUUAUAUAUAAGUAAAUAUAUAUUUAGACGUAUUCUACGCCACAGGAGAAGGAAUCCUCGUCGCCAACGUGACAGGAUUAAGGUUCCCAGGAUUAAAGAUCUAAUGUAGGAUUAAGAUUUUCAAAGGGAAGCUGAAGUGGCCUGCUUUCGUCUCGACGAGUAAGUCAAUGUUACUGUCUAAAUUACAAGCCUUUCUUGUUGCUUGGUUGUGUAAUUCAUUACAUAGGCAGCAUAACGGUAGAACACGUAUAGUUAAAUCCUAAAGAACCUCAUUGUUGGAUAGCAAUAUAGGCUUGAAUAAGGGUUUCAUUCCAUGCCGACUACCUCCCACCGAUCCAUCCACAGCCUCUCUUUCUUCUGAUGAUCUCUGACAAUGCGCACAUAGAAAAAUAAAGUAAUAAAAAAUGUAUCACUACUAAUUAGCUCACCUAGUCCAUGCGUUGUAGAGCAAUAUAAGCACUGUUUGUAUUCAAUGUUUGUAUUCGUUAUGUGUCAAGUUGUUAAGCCAUGCUCUAGGCUAGACUACGACAUAGUAGUCAAUAUAACCGUGGCAACAUAAUGCACGAUCUUGCUCGAGGGGUAAUUACUCAGGACACUUAUGAUUCAAUGCAAUUUGAAGUAUGUUUGAAAUGACAUUACCCGAAAGAACUAUGAGGUAGUGUUGGAUGACAUGUCAUAGCUUCUUGUCACAUACCGCCUACUGUAGACUUAUAGUGCAAGACUAAAUUACUAACUACAAUGUAUAACUCUAACAACGAAUCUCAUCACUUGAUAACUCAAAUGUGGUUGACUUUAUUUUUUAAGACUGCUAGAUGCCAUUAAACAUCUUACUGCACCUUAA